AACAGAGCUCUGCUGUUUUGUAGUGGAGGAGCAGGAGGAAAAUAGAGCGGGAUUAGGAUAACAACAGAGCUCUGCUGUUUUGUAGUGGAGGAGCAGGAGGAAAAUAGAGCGGGAUUAGGAUAACAACAGAGCUCUGCUGUUUUGCAGUGGAGGAGCAGGAGGAAAAUAGAGCGGGAUUAGGAUAACAGCGGGAAGCAGUGAGUGAAGGCAGGAGAAAGGGAGUAAUACUUUUGAGGAAGGGAAAAAGGAGAAGUAAAAAGAGAAGGAAGGGCAGAUUCUUCUCUCCGGGGUCAUUCAGGUCAGGUGAUAAUGGAGGUGGGAGGAGGCGGUGAAAUCGAAUAGAGGGGACUGAGUUACAUGCCCCCCCCCCGGGCCAUUCAUUAAACUGUCUGGCCUGAACUGCUGGAGAGAGAGCGAGUGGGAGAUAAAUGAGUGGAUGAGAGAGGAGUAAAAGAGCCAUUUAGGAGGGGUAUAGCCCUGCUCUGAUGACCCGUUCCUCUCCGGACCCCCUGUAGUGACACCUGCAUCCAAUGCUCAGCUCCGAGAGGGACAGAGGGAGAGAAUGAUAAAGUGGUUGACUUAGCUGGAUUCCCCCUGCAGAUUAGUGCUGUGCCAACAUGGAGCUAGCUCAUCGUUCACCUGUCACAUUGAUCUCUGCCUCUUUGCACUUUUCCUUCUGGGCUUUGUCUCCAUUUUGCAAUGUUUUCAGUCUGGCAGGUGUGUGUGUGGAUGACUGCACACUUUUGUGUGUUUCUGCUCUGAGGUCAGGGUUAAGCUGGUAAAGAGCUUUUAGAGCUCGGAAGUCUCUGUUGACAUUGACCCGGGACUCAAACUACUAGCCUGCGCUGUCUCUGUUCUUCACCAUGUAUUCAGCACAACUUCAGGGGCCGUAUCCACAAAGCGUCUCCGAUUUUAAUAAUGAAUACGAUUAUAUGGACAGAUCCUAGAUCAGCACUGCUGCUCAGAUAUUUAAUGAACACGGCCUCUGGCCUGUGUUUCUCCUCUUCCCUCGCUCUGUAUUCAGCACAACAUUUCAGCAGUCCAGUGUAAAGAAUGUGUGGGUGCGGAGGAGGCAGACAGACAAACAUUGGCUGGGGUUGGUUGGUUGUACUGGGCUGGAGUGUAGUGGGGCAUGUGUUCUUUAGCAGUCCGAGGGUUGUAAAUGGGUCCGAGGGUCAUAAAAUAUGGGUUUAUGACGCCCUGUCCUUCCACUCAAUUACCUCUAUGAUGACCUCUGCCUCCCAUCUUCUUUCUCUUUUUCCCUCAAACGUUUUGUCUAUGCCCUACCUUUGCUCUCUCCUUGUCUCUCUGUCCCUGUCUCCUUCCAGUGAUUUCCCACACAGUAUCAUUUCCUAAUCAGUGGUGUGUGUGUGCAAUCGAUGCUGUGUGUUCUCCUCUCUGCUUGCUUGCGUCAAACUCUCUUGCAUAGUGACCUCGCUAUGUUUUUCCAAUAAAGAUAAACUAACUACACACACACAUCCGCAGACUCACUCACUUACUCAAUCAAACUCGCACAUAGUGUUCCUGUGUAGGCCAGGAACGUUAUAUUUUUGUUACCGCGGAACCAGUGUGACGUUUCUGGUCAAUGUUUUUGAAUGGGGGAGGGGCUGUGAGAAAUGUUGUGUACCUGGCCUUGGCUCACGUGAGCUGGGACCUCACUCUGUGCCUCCGGUCGAGUGUGUGUGUGUGUCUGUCCUUUUAGAUCAACCUCAAAUGGUCUUAUGACCCACUGAUAAGCGAUGCAACAAUUCUAUCCAGUUUUCUUCUGUGGCCAAACCAAGCAAUGGCAGAAGCUGAAAACUAUGGUGCACUGGUCUCCCUUCGUGUCCUUGAACAAGCGUUAUCCCUGGGUGCAGCUCGCCGGGCAUGCAGGUAACUUCCAGGCGGGGGAGUAUGGGCGUUUGUUGAAGCGCUACUGUGAGUGUGAGCAGCUGUGCCUGUCUAAGCUGAUGGGGGACAUUCUACGGCCCUAUGUCCCUGGCUACUACGGUGUGGUGCAGAGGGACGAACAGGACUACAACCUAAUGGAUGACCUCCUGGCUGACUUUGACUCUCCCUCCAUCAUGGAUUGCAAGAUGGGCAGCAGGACUUACCUGGCGGAGGAGCUACUGAAGGCCAGGGAGCGUCCACGGCUCCGCAGGGACAUGUAUGAGAAGAUGGUGGCCGUGGACCCUGGGGCCCCUACGGAUCAGGAGAGGGCCCAACAAGGCAUCCUGAAGCCCAGAUACAUGCAGUGGAGAGAGACCCUCAGCUCCACUGCCACCCUGGGCUUCCGCAUCGAGGGCAUCAAGAGAGCGGAUGGGACGUGCAACACCAACUUUAAGAAGACCAAACACCGGGAGCAGGUCAUGCAGGCCCUGGGAGAUUUUGUUGAUGGGAACAUUCAGAUCCUGAAAGUCUACCUGCAACGUCUGGAGGAGCUGCGAUCUGUGCUGGAGAAGUCACAGUUCUUCAGAACACAUGAGGUGGUGGGCAGCUCCCUGCUGUUUGUGCACGAUGCGUCAGGCCAGGCCCGUGUGUGGAUGAUAGACUUUGGGAAAACGGUGCCCCUGCCUGCCCCCCUCACCUUGGACCACCGGACCCCCUGGAUCGAGGGCAACUGCGAGGAUGGCUACCUGUGGGGUCUGGACAACCUCAUAGACAUUCUCAGUACCAUGCUCCCCCCCAGCCGCUGAGAAAGAGCGGGCCGUGUGAGAGAGCACAAAGGGAUGGCCUGGAAGAGAGAGAGAGGAGGAGGAUGGAGAGAACACUCUCAUCCUAGUCACAGAUGGAGAAUGAAAGUGGGGAAGAACAAAUGGAACGGGUCAUUACCCACACAACUAGUGUUGUCAUCCCUUAUCACCCUCUCUCAUUAUAAGAGCUAUGACGUCAACUAUCACUGCAGCACGCGGACACACACACGGACACACACACGGACACACUACUGUUCCUUCAUAUUAUCACGAGUAUGAUGAUAAUGUAUUGAACCUUUCCAAUGGGAUAUAUCCUCCUCAAGUGACCAAUGGAGAACAUUUUUAUUUUCAUUAUGGAUCACUUGACUUUCUGCUUUUUUUAAAAACAAUUUUUAUAUAUUUGUCAACACUAGAAACACUGGAAAAAAAGCGGUAUAUGUAAACUUUAUCUGGUACUUCGCCUUUUAAUGUAAAUACAGUUUUAUUUAAUCUGUUUCCCUUCACGAGUAGCCUCUACACUUUGUACUUUUUCUGUGCCUAGAUUUUGGGAUUGGAGGCAGAUUAUUUUUUUAUAUAUCAUUCCAAAGUUUGCUGGAGAGUUGACCCAAAGUCUGUAACAAUUUGUUUUUUGUAAGUUGGAUUGACACCUGGUGAAAACUGGAGGCUGUUGAUUGGCUCUGUCUGACCCCGUGUGGUGUCUGAUUUGGCAGAGUUGACCCAGCAGGGUUACUAGGACCCCUGGGGGUACUUGGUUGAUCCACAGGGGGGUACUUGAGAAUAUUUAAUGAGACCAUAGGCUUACUGGUAAAAAGUACAUGAGGGGGUACUCUGGGCAGAGCAAAAUUCAGCUGUUGCUAUAGUAACCGCAAAUGAUUGGGAACCACUGGACUAAUGGAUCUUAUUAAUGUUUUUUUCUUUAUUUUCUCUCCUAGUGGGCACAUGACUUGGUGGUCAUGGCUAACUAGACUGUAUUGCACAAAUGGGUUCCUCACAAAAGCCAUUGAACAAAGCUAGCCCUGCCUCUGUGUCUCUGAAUAUGGAUUCACUCUAGUGUCCAAGGUUCUUAUAAGCAAACCAUUUUCUGGUGAAUGGAAGUUAAUCAAUCUGCAUAGUUGUGACCAUUUAUUCCUUCAGUUUGGUUCAUACAUUUUUCUGGAAUGGGCAACGAUUGGCCUGACAACUGAAAUGACUAUUUGAACAAGUCACCUGAAACUGGAAUGAAUGACCUACUGUUUGUUAUGACACGUUCAUCCACACGUCAGACUUGUCACUGGAUUUGUAGAUCUGUCAGCCAACAUUCCCAUCCAAGUCUUCCUACAUAGACAACACUGUUUGUGUAUUUAUGGUGUGUGUGUAGAUUUCUAUGUCUAGAAAAUGGAGGCGCUCUGUGUGUGACUGUCAGCAUUGACAUCAUGGAAUUAUGUUUCUUCUGUUGACAUCUCACACCAUAAAAACACAUUCUGGAACAAUAUAUUGUUUACAAAGUAUUAUAUCUUACGUACCAUGUAUCCUCUUCUUCAUCUUAACCUGAUAGUUACUGGCUUUGACUGUUUGGGUUGUUUAUGUGAGGCUGAGCGCUGGACUGUAAUAGGGUUGGGAAAGCCUAAGAUGUUAUAUAGUUUGGAUAAGCCUUUCCUCUGUGCUGUACUUCAGGAGACAGUGCAUUGCAAGAUCACAAAUACGAAUGUUCAGAGGAUUGAGACUGGUCCCUGCUCUCUGUUUAGAAUACCAUUGAUUGCAAUAAACUGGAACUAAGAGCUCAAGUCUUUCUAAUCUGAAA